AGUCGCACGGUGCCGCGAUCCGCGAGUGUUCGCGUGUGUCGAAGUGACAAUGUCCGCGCGGUGACCGCGCUUCCUUUCACGCGGAGUUAGGCGGGAAAAGUUCCCGCCCACAACGUGACAAAAUAUUUUCAGACGCUAAUAAGUUGGCGAACGGCGGCGGCGGCGGCCGUGGCCUGUUCUGCUACCACUGCCCGCCAAGCCUGCCGCCGCAUCAGCACAGACUGCCUACGCUGGAGUAUCCCUUCACAGCCUCGCACCCUUACACGAGCUACUCAUACCAUCCAGCCAUCCACGAUGACACUUUCGUACGUCGCAAACAGCGUCGGAAUAGAACCACCUUUACGCUACAACAGCUGGAGGAACUGGAAACGGCGUUCGCGCAAACGCACUAUCCCGACGUGUUCACUAGGGAAGAUCUCGCGCUUAAGAUCAACCUUACCGAGGCUCGGGUCCAGGUAUGGUUUCAAAAUCGAAGAGCGAAGUGGCGGAAAGCGGAGAGAUUGAAAGAAGAGCAGCGUAAGCGAGAGGGAGCAGAAGUAUUAGCCAAACGAGACCCCGCGGAUGACAAGGGUUCGUCUGAGUGUGGCAUGUCCCGCGGCUCCGCGGAAGCAUCGCCUAUGUCGGGCACGGGUGUUUCGCCUCGGGCUUCGCCCCCUGUAACGCCGGGUUCGCCACGUAGAUCACCACUUCGCUCACCUCGCCCUUCUCCCAGUAGAUCUCCUAGACUUGAAAGGUCCGAGGCAGGGUGCUCAUCACCGGCACCUUCUGUGGGCAGCGCGAGCUCGCGGGACGCUGCGCCUGAGCCUCGUCCGCAGCACCACCUCUUCUCACCUUUCGAACACUCGGGCGCGUUCCGUUCGUCACCCGGCAGCGCCGACCAGCCACCAGCGCCUCCGUUGUUUCUUCCCCCGCACCUUUCGCAUCUCUCGCAACACCUCAACCAUCUGUCGCAGCCCUUCUUCCCGUUAAAAGGCUGGGGCGCGCCUUGCCCUUGCUGUCCAAAAGAAGAAGCUCGCUCAUCGAGCGUAGCGGAAUUACGCCGUAAAGCCCAUGAGCAUUCGGCAGCGUUGCUCCACUCGCUAGCGAGCUUCCAGUCGCGCGCGCUGCUACCGCUGCCGCUGCCACUGCCGCCGCUGCCGCUGUCGCUGCUGCCACACGACGCUAGUGCGAACUCCACCAACGCUUCUGAACCCCACAAACAUAUGGAGUAAGGACUACAAUAUUAGACUAAAUGACAAUCUAUAAUAUCGUGAUAAAGUUAAUUAUAAAAAUUUGAACGUCGCACGUAUGCCUGUGUUUGUACAUCUUAAUAUGCAAUUGUCCCCUUUUUGUAUUUUUGAGGCGAAUAUUAACUAUUCUACUUCUAAUUAAAAUGUAAUGUCGAAUUGUUGAAAAAAAAAAAUGCUCAAAUAAAAAUACUUUAAGUCGUUUUUGUAGACGUUAUUAACAACAUCCGUAACGUAUGCCAAUCUUGUUAAAAAAAACUAUAGUUUUUUAAUUUAUUUUCAUGUUAUUUUAAUGGCCGAACCAUGUGUUUAUUUUUCUAUAUAAUAUGUCCAUCCCUAUCGUAACCUGUUCAAAGCAAGUAAAGUCGUCAAUUCAUUUAUAAAUGUUAAUAAAGAGACAUUUUUUGCGAGUCAACUCUUAGAGACAAAGAAAAAUGUUGUCAGGUACAUCACUAAUAGCUGCUAAAACUCUAUGAUAAUAUAAUGUUAACUAUCAAUAAUCGGUAAUCUCUCAGAAAUCGUUUAAAGUAUUAAUUAGCCAAGAGAAGAAUAGCUUGUACGAUGAUAUUGUUAUAUUUAAAAAAAAAUUGUGUUAUACAGAAAAAUUCAGGACUGUGCUGUUAAUCUUGAAUGGAAUGGAGAAAACGAAAGUCGAUUCAAUUUAUAAAAUAAUUACAUAUUUUUGAAUAAAGGCAGUAUACGAAUGCACAAUCUACUUGGCUAGAAACAUAGCUAUCGCAGCUAAUUCUUUUAAUUAUUAUAAAAAUAUAAAAUCCACCUGAUUAACGGUCACUAUUGUCAUUUGAACCUUAAACUGAAUACAGGUGCGACACUCUGAAGAAUAAUAUGUCAUACCUUGUUCUUUGUAAUAAAGUCUAUUGAAUAGUUUUUGUCACAUUCUUGUACAAAUAGUGAAGUCGCUAUUAUAUUCCUAUUCUGCCAGAGCGUGAUCCUUCCCUGAUUUGCAUUAAUCGUUUCUACCUAAUUCCGUAACGUUUUUUAAAUCCAAAUAUUUCUUAGCAUUCAAAUGUUUGCUUGCCAUUUGUCAUUUCAUGUUGACAAGUGCCAACACUAUCGUUCAAGUGUAAUUGAGUCAAUUUCACGUUACUUCAGAUUUACAUUGAUGACUUUAAUAGAUUUGCAAGAUUAAUGAGGAUAGUGUUUACGUGACUUUAUAAGUUCUAAUUUCAAGUCUCGUAAAUAACAGCGUGAAAAUCUAAACAAUUAAAAUAUGAAUUUUUAUUGAUCGUAAUAAGAGACAUUUAAUGCGCAUGUAUAUUUGUCCAAUGCUACCAUGAUAUUUAUAUCUUUUGUUUCAUAUGAGAGCAGAUUCUUCAAAAAUCGUAAGUAACCGUUGAAUAUUGAAGGAAAAUAGAAGAAAAACAUACAAAGACAAAACAUUAAAUGGUGGAGGUAGCUGCGUUUAUGAAAAUAAUUCAGAUUGUGCAUUAGUAAAAUAAUUGAGAUUUGUACUGUUCUAAUUGAUUUUUCUUGUAAAAGGCUUAAUUGACCAAAUUUUAAUUCGGUUGUGCCAUUAGUUCAAUGCGAACAAUGUCGUGUGCCAUAUUAUUUAUAUGAGUUUAUCGAAUUUUAGUUUUAAGCAAAAUUGUAAAUAGCCAAUGAGGAUAUAUAAAGUUAUUGUAAUUUGUAUUGCAAUUUUAAAAUAAAUGCAUUCCCAGUGAUACGAAAUCUAGAUAACAAUGUCGAAUAAGUGUCAAAAGUUUACCAAAAAUAAAAAUCAAUAAUUUGGCAAUUUGGUCAUCAGUUAGUCACACUAAAAUGAAAGUUGUUUUUUUUUUUUUGUAUUUUAUAAAUUAAAAUCUUUCUUAAAACGAUUGAUGAAUUAAUGAAGUUACCACGUAAGUUGCAACAAUGUAGGUACUGUUUAAAUUUGUGUUGGCGUUACUAUUAUUUUACAAUAUUUUAAUUAAGUUUUAUACGUUCACUUGUAUUUCUUUAUAGAGUAAAAUGGUACUUUUUUCAUCUCUCUAUUAAAAUUAGUUUUAUUAAUAAUUUGAUUUUGUUUCAUCAUUGUGACUUAUAUAGUAAAUUUAUUACUAUGUUACGUAACGCUGAUUAUUAGUAUAUUUUAUUAGUUCGUACAGACUCAUGUCGUAACGCUGUUUUUACUUUUUAUUUCAAGAAAUAUCCCUCGUGAAACGUAAUAUUAGGCUUUGUCUGACUGUUUUUUUUUUAAUUUUUAUAAUUAUAAAUAUUCCUAUGUGUGCCAAUGAAGUUUCUUGUUUGCGGUAAAAUAAAAUUUUACCAUUUUAAAUGUGUAAAUAGUAUAUAGAAUCCACCUGUGCAGUAUUCGACCAAAAUGUUGUGAAUAUUCUUUUUAAAUCGUAGCUAGAUUUUAGAUGAAAAUGUAUGUAAAUAGAAUAACUGUGUUUAUGAAUUUUGUCAUAGUUCAAUGUUCGUAUUUCGUGCUAGAAUAGAACCAUUAAUGUAAAUAUGGAAUAAAUAUAAAACAAAAAACAUUUAACGCAUCAAAUACACUUUUAAUGUUUUGAAAUAAGUAUUCGCAAAGCAUUUUUUUGCAAGUGUAAAUGCAAAAGCGUUAUUUGAUAUUAAAAAAAACCCUUUGAAUUGUUGCGUUCUAAAUGAUAUAUAGAUAGAUAUUAUUUAAUUUAUUACUCCGAAUGUUAUGAAUUAUUACGAGCCCUUGCAUUAAAAAUAUAAUUUAUCGUUUUUACCUUUAAAAUUUUUAGUUUUAUUAACUGGAAAUUUUACGAAAAAUCUUUUCGGAAAAUAUUAAUUUCACUGUCAUAAAAUGUUUUAUACAUUCCCGAUUCUAUGUUAAAUAAAAUUAUUUCAUUUUAAAUGCGAUAACACCCGCGCCAAGUUUGUAUAUAAUUGCGAAUGAAAGGGGUAUAUAAAUAACUGCACUAUGCACGAGAUGUGGAAUUGCUGGCGCGGGUACUUGUAAAAUAUUAUAAAUAUGUACCACAUAGAUUAUUAGUUAUUAAAUUAUGUAUGUAGACACACGAAUAGUUGUUUUAAUUAUUAUGAAAUACAAUACUUAUAUU